AUGGGCUCGUUCUUCCAGAAGCUCAUGGCCAGCCGGUCUGGGCUGAAGGUCGGCAAUCGGAAGACGAAGGCGUCGGAACUGACUGUGCGGGAGUCGUUGGUGCCGCUGCUCCUCGUCACCAUUCUCUACUUUCUCUGGGGAUUUGCCUACGGCCUCCUCGACACGCUGAACAAGCACUUCCAAACCACGCUCAACAUCACACGUGCCAAAUCGGCCGGUCUGCAGGGCGCAUACUUCGGCGCCUACCCCCUCGCCUCCCUCGGCUUCGCCAACUGGACGCUGCGGCACUACGGCUACAAGGCCACCUUCAUGCUCGGCCUGGUCCUGUACGGCAUCGGCGCGCUCUGCAUGUGGCCCGCCGGCCUGAACCGGUCCUUCGGCGGCUUCUGCGGCGCGACCGUCGUCAUCGGCUCCGGCCUGGGCUCGCUGGAGACGGCGGCGAACCCGUUCAUGGCCGUCGUCGGCCCGCCCAAGUACUCGGAGCUGCGCAUCAACCUGGCCCAGGCGGUGCAGGCCACGGGCACCGUCGUCGGCCCCGUGCUGGGCUCCUACGUCUUCUUCAAGGACACCGGCGACGACGUCAACUCGCUCGAGAGCGUGCAGUGGGUCUAUCUCGCCAUUGGAAUCUUCGUCUUCUUGCUUGCUGCCGUCUUCUUCUUUGCCGACAUCCCCGAGGUCACAGACGCCGAUAUGGCGGCCCAGGUCGAGGAUACCCAUACGGGCUCCAGUGACAAGCCUUUCCGCAAGCAGUACCGUCUCUUCCACGCCGCCAUGGCGCAGUGGUGCUACACCGGUGCACAAGUCGCCAUAGCAACCUACUUCAUCAACUACAUCACCGAGCAGCGCGCCGGCACCUCGUCCGCCCUCGGCGCCAACUUCCUCGCCGGCGCCCAGGGCUGCUUCGCCGUGGGGCGCUUCACGGGGUCCGUCCUGAUGCGCUUCGUCAAGCCGCGCUGGGUCUUCCUCGCCUACCUCAGCGGCGUCGUCGCCUUCAACGCCGCGUCCGUCGACACGGCCGGCGACGUCGGCCUCGCCAUGCUGAUGCUGACGCUCUUCUUCGAGAGCGUCUGCUUCCCCACCAUCGUCGCCCUCGGCAUCAGGGGGCUGGGGAGGCACACGAAGAGGGGGGCGGGCCUGAUCAUUGCGGGCGUGAGCGGGGGUGCUGCUGUCCCCGCAAUCAUGGGCGCGGUCGCGGAUGCCCGCAACGACACGGCGUUUGCGAUGAUCGUCCCGGUUCUCUUCUUCGUGCUGGCGUGGUCGUACGCCCUCUGCGUCAACUUCGUCCCCGCCUACCGCGACACGGCCGACAAGAUUGGCGCCAGCAGCAUCGGUCUCGACCCCAAGAAGGAUGGCGAUGAGGAAGCACGUGUGGCUGCUGCGUCUUCUGUGGGCGGGGGCGGCGACGACGACGUGCUCAAGGCGGAUGCGAAGGAGAUUGAGGUUGUGGGGGAGGGGUUGGCUGGGAAGGCUUGA